AAGUAAUAAUUAAAGUAACAAUAUUACUUUUGAAAGGAGUAACUAGUAAUGAGUAAUAUAUUACAUUCUUUGAGUAACUAGCCCAACACUGUGUCUUAGUAACUGUUAUUACAUAUACAGUACGUGGGCAUUGAUAUACACACAGUAUUAGGCCUAUAUCGAGUACACAACGGAGCUUGACUACGAAGCAGUCACAUACGACUUCCUCUUCCUCUUCCGCCUGUUCACGCAGCUGGCGAAUGUCGCCCAUCCGGUAUUAACGGAAUUUAUGCGAGGCGCAGCCAAAGCAAAAACGACACGAGACGGUUUUUUUUUUUUUUUUUUCCUUCGGUUAUUAUGUGUUUUAUUUUACAGUCGUUUCGGAGUUUCGAUGUCGAUCGUCACAUUACUAGCAAAUUGACUUCUCCUACUUUUGCUUUCACUUUAGCAAAAGAAGAAUGACAUAAAGAUUCGACAAUAUCUUUACUUAUUUUAGUGGGAAUUAUGGUCAGAUUUUUUUCCACACUAUAUGUUUUUCUCCUGCAUGGAUUUCUUUGUGAUGAUGCAGGUGAAGUGUCAGUGUCAGUGACGGAGGGAGAUUCAGUCACUCUACACACUGGUAUUAAAGAAAACCAGCAAGACAGAAUUAGAUGGUAUUUUAAUGGUAUUCGUAUUGCUCAAAUCAAUGGAGAUCUCAGUAAGACCUGUACAGAUGUUCAGUGUAAUGAAGGUACUGAGAGAUUCAGAGACAGACUGAAGCUGGAUCAUCAGACUGGAUCUUUGACCAUCAUGAACAUCACAAACACAGACUCUGGACUUUAUCAAUUAGAGAUCCUCAGCAACAGCAGCAUAAGUAAACAUAUCUUCAGUGUUUCUGUUCGUGGUGUGUAUGCUGUAGAGACAAAUGAAAUGAAGAUGAACUCAGUGAAGGAGGGAAAAAACAUCACGUUAGAUACUGGUGUAAUAAUAGACAGAAAUGAUUUAUUGAUGUGGUAUUUUAAUGAUAUUCGCCUUGCUUAUAUCACUGGAGGUCCAGAAAUCUGGAAAUCUCCUCGGAGUUUCAGUAGCAGACUGCAGCUGAAUUAUCAAACUGGAUCUCUCAACAUCACAAACAUUAAAACCACAGACUCUGGACUCUAUAAACUAGAGAUCACCAACAGCAGCUGCAACAACCCUUUGCUGAGCAUCAGCAGCAGCAGAGUCAAGAGAUUUCAUGUUUCAGUUAAUGGUGUUUCAGAUUCAGGUCUGUCUUCAGCUGCUGUAGCAGGAAUAUGUGUUGCUGCUGUUGCUGCUGCUGUUGUUCUGCUGGUGGCUGGUGCUCUAAUUUACCAUCGCUGCAGAACUAGCACCUAUGGACAAGCAAAUAACAAUGAGGUGAAUCAUGACAGGGAUGCGACUAAUUAUCAGAUACAGAUGGAGGCCAGUCGAGAGGAGAGGAAUGAAACAGGAUCAGGAAAUGACACAAGCUUAAACAGACACUCUGAUGAAUAAUGACUUGAAGAUUGGUCUGUUCAUCAAACAAAGUGAUCAGAUUGCAAGGACUACUUUUUGGGAUACUUGAAAUGUUUGGACCCUGCUGACUGUUGGUGAUGAUGACAGAAAAUCCUCACGUUUGUCAGACAAACAUCCAGUGGGUACCAGAAUGGCAGUGUUAUUCUUUUAUAUUUUUAGAUGAUUGAGAAAGGUAAAUGCAAUGUUAAGUGUUCAAAAGUUACUAUUGUAAUGUAAAUACCGUGAAAGAGUCAAGCUUUUAAGAAAAGCCAUUUUUUAUACUGUCAGAUGCUCAAGCUCUUCACAUUUCUAACAGUUUUAAUAAUUAAGCUUAAUAUUGUAAAUUGUAAGUAUAUAAGCAUUUUUUUUUCAUACCAGGGAAGAAUUGCAUUGUAAAGGAGGUUUAUUUUGUGCCAAGGACCUGAAUUUACACACCAGACUUUUCCCUAACAUGUUCUUAAAUGUUUUCUUUGUCAGCCAUGAAGGAAAAGUGCCAUAAGGUCAAACAGAGUUUUUAGAAAUGGAAAUUAAUCAUUUUUACUCAUAACAGACAUGAUUUGUGUGUUUGUUUUUAGAUAUGUUUUGUGUAGUCAUGUCUCUUAACAUUGAUAUGAAUUUUCCAUGUUCUGAAAUGUGGAAUGGGAGAAUAAUGAAUGGGAAUACUGACAUUGUUUGCUCUUGGUAUGAAAAUAUUGAAUGUCCAUAGCUGUAGCCCCCAAAGUACAAAGAAACAACCAUCUAGUGUUGUAGUCUGUGUGUUGUCAUACUAUCCUGUCCAGCCCAAUGAAUGUUUUUUUUUUUUUGUGUGUGUGUGUGUGCUUUACAGCAUUGUCAUGUGAUCUCAUGAACGUGUACCACAGUUAGCAGAAACUAGAGACUAUAUGGUUUAUUCAGUUUUAGGUAUGGAUAUUAUUCUUACACAAAAACCUUUAUUAACCCCCCUGAGCUGUGUGGAGCACUUUUUAUAAUAGAUGGAUGUACUUUAUUGUACUUUAUCUCAACAGCCAUUCACUGCCAUUAUAAAGCUUGAAAGAGCCAGGACAUUUUUUUUUUUUUUUAAUAUAACUGUAUAUUAAAAAUUGUUUGUAUUUGUCUGUAUGGAGAAAGUCAUAUACACCUAUUCCCCUUUUUGGACUUGUUUUUGUUUUGUGCUCAUAGUAAAUAUGUAAUUGUAUAGGGACUGCAGAUGAAAAUUUGCCUGAAUGGUUACAUCUGGCACAUUACAUAAUAUACUUGACUGCUUAUGUUACUUAAUGUGCAUUGUCCCUUUUAAAAUAAAAAUAAUGAAAAUAAAUAAAUAGAAUU